CCUGCGGGGCUCGCUGCCUUGGCUGUCGCGCCUCGCCUCUCGGCCGCCUGAGCUCUGGCAUGCGUGCAGCGAGCGCGGCGGGGCUGGGGCUGGCAGCGCCGCCGAAUGUCGCGGUUCACGGGGUCUCGCUAAGUCCCUUCCUUCCCUGCGGGGACUUUCCUCGCCCUGAGGCCUCCAGCGCACGAGCAAGCGCCGUCGCUGAGUGGUCGUUAACGUUGGAGAUGGCGGAAUUCAAACGUUGAAUCCAGCUCCUCGCCAGCACGAGAUCCCUGUUUACCCUCAGGGUGUGUUAGCGGUGUGCCAGACGAGGCUUUUUCUCUGAAGCUCUCUCGUGGAGCUCUUCUUGCUAAGUAGCAGAAGUGUGGUUGGUUUUGUCCACAGACCUCAUCUCGUACGAUCUCAGGAGGAAAGAGCUAGGGGAGAGAGAGAGAGAACUGCUCGUGGAGAGGGCUGAACUAACUUCAACUUCUGUCCCUUGUGCUCUCCCUCUUGGUUCACGGUCGGGAAGCGCUAGGUUGUGCUUAUUUAACAGUGAAAGCCUGUGGUCUGCUUUUUAACCUCAGGGUUUUCGGGUAGCUGAGAGUCUGCUGGCCUGCUCCUUACCUGCCUUUGGGACGGCAGUGCGGAGAGGCUCGUUUGGGCGCCAGCUUCUUCUGUGUAGUACGGGAGCCCAGUAAGGUGAAGAAGCAACUGGACCUGCAGACAGAAGCCUGUGUGGUGUUGAAGCAGGAAUGGCUUUGCUCUGUUGUGAUAAAACAGCUGAAAACAGCAGUUGUAGCUCUUUGUUGAAAAGACUGCAAUCUUUGCACCUGCUAGCGCCCAGCUGAAGCUUCGGCUGCACUUCAGUGCUCGGGGCAGCGCGUUCUGUAGGGUGGCCACAAAGCACUCGGCACAGGGAUGGCCCGGGCGUGCCAUCAGGUGGAUGAGCAGCAGUCAAAAGCCUAGAAAAUGGUAGAAAUAAAAGGCGAAGUGUAUUAAUCUGCUCGGUCUGUGGGCUGUCCUGUGCUACUAGGGGAAAAAAAAACAAACAGAUGCUUUCCCAAUAUGAGCAAAAUGAAACUUUGUGGGAUUUUUUAAUCUCUGUAUUGCUGUGCAGGGCAAAAAAAAAAAAAAAAAAAAAACCUGAUUAAAAUCAGGUUUGCGUAAGUUGUUUGAACUGUGAAAGGGUGAGGUCAAACGAGAGAAGUCCCAAAACAAGUGAACCAACAAAAAACCCUCGUUUUUUCCUCUCAGUCCUUUGCUGUGAGUUACUUUCGCCUUGUCUCCCUAGCCCAAGGAAUCUUCAAGCCGGACACAUGCCUACACGGACUUCCUUUCAUCAGACGUUGAUUUAGGUUUAUUGUGCUCUGUUUUAGGCAGAUGACUGGAAAAAGCAGUAGCGAAUGCCAGGGAGAAGCAGGACAUCAGCCUGCCUAGGAGUUGCUGUUACUGAGGAUUCUUAAUGCCAGAUAACCAGCCCACUGCCGAACAACCAUGAGAGAGACGAGGUAGCCUCCCGGGCGUGAGACAAAAACUGAUUUCAAUGGAUACAAAAUAUAAAGACGAUUUAUUUAGGAAGUAUGUACAGUUCCAUGAGUGCAAACUGAGUGUCUCUGACAACAAGCAGCGUCCUAUUAACGAUGAGUAUUUGCGAGUGGCAGCGUCCGCCUUAUUUUGCCUUCCCAAAAUUGAUCCCUUUUAUAGAUUCCGGUUGAUAAAAUUUUAUGAGAUGGCUGAAAACUCACUGAGAGCUCUGAAAUCCUCAAGUUUACAUUCUCUCCAUAAUGCAUUCAGCAUGCUCGAGACAGUUGGAAUCAAUCUCUUUCUUUAUCCCUGGAAAAAGGAGUUCAAAAACAUUAAGACCUACACUGGACCCUUUGUUUAUUAUGUGAAGUCUGCUCUAACUGAAGAUGAUGUAAGGCAGAUUCUGAACUACAUGGGCUAUGUCCAAGAACUGGGAACAACGUAUAAGCUCAAAGAGCAGGUUGAUGCCAUUCAAGUGAAAAUGGUUUCAUUUGAGCUCUUUUUGGCCAAAGUGGAAUGUGAGCAGCUUCUUGAGAUUCAUUUGCAAGUGAAGGAUAAAGGCUACUCAGAGAUCGAUGUCAUAAACGAACGAAAAAACAGCAAUGAAGAUGUUAGAGGCUGCUCGGAAGCCAUGAAGCGGCGUGCAGAGUGCAAGGAAAACUUGAACACCUCCAUGGCACGCAUGGUGCUUCAGAAAUCAGCAAGCGAACGGGCCUCUAAAGAUUACUUCAAGCCGAAGGUGAGCAAGCCUUCUAAAUCAGUAGACACAUACGAUAAUUACUGGGAAAAUAAGAAACCGCCUUUGAUGAGCUCUUUGAGUCUCAGGAAAGAACCAAUUCUAGUCGAUGCGGAAGAUGACAUUAAGGACGAAAUCAUCCGUCCGUCACCCUCUCUCCUGACAAUGUCAAGCUCCCCACAUGCAUGUUCCGAUGAAUUCUUGCCAACUUCGUCUCAUCACAACGGCAUGUUAAGAACAAAUGUCCCUUACAGCUCCUAUUUUUCUGCUCAAGAGGACUUAGAUUUAUAUACCGACCCCGAUUCGAGAAGUAUGUUAAAUUUUAAAAGACAAGAAGCUAUUAAGCCUGAUGUCUGGCUGCUAAAAAACGAUGCCAACCCUGUUUACCACAAACGCGCCCAUCUAGCCAAAGAGACAGCUUCCAUCAAGUGCCAAAACUGUGGUGUACCUUGUGGCACUUCUGUUUGCCAAAAGUGUGACAAUCUGUUCAACUCUAGGCAGGAUUAUCCAGCAGUGAAACAGAGCACCUACUCCAUCAAACCGGUUCCAAACGACGGCUUGUCUCCUGCAUCUGCUUUAAGGGAGAAAUCUCAGUACACGUCACAGACUCAGAGUCAGGAGAGGGCUUCUCAGUUCAGUUCGAAAUCCAAAUCUUCAGGCACCUCCCGCUGUGGCUUUUGUAACCGAUCCGGAGCUGCAAACACUUGCACGUUUUGUUCAAAAGUCUCAUGUGACACUUGCCUCAGUGCUUACUAUUACGAUCCCUGCUGUAGAAAAAGCGAGCUUCACAGGUUCAUGCCUAACAAUCAGUUAAACUAUAAGUCGGCCCAGCUGUCCCACGUAGUUUAUAGAUAGACUCGAUCGGUCUGAUUUGCAGGGGAAGGAAAAGGGGAGGGGAAAGGGCUAUCACAACUCAUGUUCUGACUCCGCUGAUGAGAAAAAAGCACUGACCUCUUACAGAAAUGACAUGUCCAAAUAUUUGGAACCAUGGUUCAGUGAUCGGGUGCCAGUUCUUGAUUUUUGUGGCUUACCAAAUGCUGCAGAUACAUUAGAUUUCAUGCUGCUAUAAUUUAGGUAACUCCUAAAUAAAUCAUCGUUCCUUCUCAGUUGAAAUGGGGGAGAAGAGCACAUUUUUCUUUAAAACUUGGCAGCUGUUGCAUUUUAGAAAAGUGACAUCACACCUUUCACACCAUUUUAGUCAUCUCCUUGCCCAAAGGAAACCAUGCGAGGCUCUAAGAAAUAAGAUUCUCGUUUUCUGGGGGUGAUGAAACUACUGCCGGUUUUGGUAAAGUAUGACUUUAAAAUGUGCAAGAAAUAUGUGAAUGGCUUGUUUUGCCAACAAGGACUAUUUUUCAAAGUGUGUCUGCAUUUCUUGAUCUCCGAAAUGCAAACACCACAGCAUCUCUUCUUUUCAUCUUCAUGUUUCUUCCUUCUCCCCUUAUGUCCCGGUUGUUUAUCUCAAGCUUAUAUAAUCCGAACAAUAUGUGCUUUAUUUUCUAGUGUUGCCAAUAUCAUCCUGGUUUUUACUGUGUGGUAUUUUAAAAAAGGUGAACCUGUGCUCACGUCACUUAAAUUAUGCCUAGAGUGUCGUCCUUCCAGAUGAGUACCGAUUUUCUUCACUUUCUGUUGCACAUGUAUUAAGUACUGUUCUUUGUACUGUAAAUAGGUAAUUUGGAAACAGUUUAUUUUUAAUAAAUAUUUAAUAUGUUGAGUUUUUAAAAGUGGUAAAAUCAUUAUAACUAUGAAGUCUCUCUGGGUUAUUUGUUCAGGUGGCGUUUUGUUUUUACUUGUACUGUAUUUCACAGCUUGUUACGGUCACUGUGGCAGACUGAUGUUAUUGGCUCUGAUCAAUUUUUUUUUAAUCUAACGUUCUUUUUCCUUCUGAUAAGGUUGCCACUAAAUUAGGUGGAGUCUUGUCUAAGAACUGCAAGAUUUUGGUUCUCAGUGCACGCUUUUUCUUUGUGGUUAUGGGAAUUGUAAGUAUCAAUGUUAUGCUUGUGUCCAAAUUCACUGCAAAGUCUGUCGUGUAGUCCAGCAAGUAAAGCACUGGCCUGGUUAAAAAUCAGAGCUCAUUUGUGAAUCCUGUUAAAGUAAACCUAACAAUUAUGGAUGUGAAUCAGAUAAUAGUAUUUAUCUGUAUUAUUGUAGCACAUAGGAACCCUAGCUGAGAACCAGGACUCCAUUGUGCUAGACUCUGUACAGUUUGACCCCCCCAAACAACACCCAGUUAUGAAUAGGCUUUAGUUUUUUUCUUUACAGAAAAUCCACAAGAAUCCUUCUAACUUCUUUUAUUCAAGCUAGCUAGUUAGAACAAACUAUCAGGCAACCUAAUCUGAUGUGCAGAAUUAAAUGUGUUUAAAGUAUCUGUAUAAAAAAAACGAACAAACUCUAGCUGAAUUGUAAACUAUGUAGUCCACUUUGCACUAAAAUAAUUCACUUAGGGUUUUUUUUAAACACUGUUAGAGUCUAGGCUUCUAAACUUUAAAUGUUCAUUGAUCCCUGUGUGACAGAGACAUGCAUGAAUGGUCUUUUUUUCUUGAUUUUCGGGGGUGGGGGGAGGGCUUGAGGUAGGUUUAGGGGGAACUAUAUAGGCUAAUGUUGUAAAAUAGCUAAAAUAAUUUUAGCCAUAAAUGGGUCUCAGAAGUAUUAUGGAAAAUAAGGUGAAACCUGAGUCUUACAGGGGGCUAAGAACAAUAAGUCACUGUACAGUUUGCACUAAGAAACAAAGUGAAUGGUGUGUGUUUAGCAAUCAGGGAAAUUUCUGAAUCAAGCGACUGCAACUGAACAUAAUGUUCUAGGCAAGCAUUGCCUUGCUGACCCUGAAGGUUGGGGGUAAAUAUUGUUUAGGUGAAUGAUUUUAAGGUUUUCAAAUUCUUGUAUGUUUUUUUAUAAAUAUAUAUAUAUAUAUAUAUAAAUAUAACACAAAUGUAGAUACAUCGUGUAUAUAAUGAGGAAUUUAAGAACAAUUUUACUAUUAAAAUUCAGUCUAGGGGUGGUUUUCAUUUCAGUGGUUAUUUUUUGUUCACCUUCUGAAGUGUCAUGCCUGUAUGGCUGUUCUGCAGUGUAUCUUCUAGUUCACUAGUUCAGUUUCCAUAUGGCUACUCACACUACAGUGAAUAACUAAAACUGUGAUGCCACGUAAUUUUUACAGUGACUAUAGCAGGGACUAGACUUGCUUUGGAAAAGAAAAGUCCUGUGUAUAUAUGUCAUGGAAUACUGUAUUACAAAACUGUGUUGAAUUGAAGUGAUACCAUGCUCUAUUUUUGUGUAUCUUACUGUAUGAGGUUGCUGUGAUUGAUACAGUAAAAUAUAUAUGCUAAUUGAAAAUGCAGGUGUUUUGCAUCUGAUUUGUUAAAACUAAUUUAUGUUUUGAAGGAAUUUAAAAAUAAAGAGGCCUUUAAGAAAAGGCUUAACUUUUC